CCACAUCAAAGGAUGAUGGCGUCUGCCGCGAUGGAUACAACGUAAAUAAGAACCGACGUACACACGGUCCGAUCAGUGUAUUCACCGGUGACAUUACCGGGGAUAUAUACACGGUGAAUACAAAUUAGAAACGUGUUGUUAUGGCGACCGGGAGCGGCGGCUUAGCGUCAAACCAUGACGGUCAGGAGACCGCAGCGUUCAACUCUGUUCAGUCCGGAGCCGGAUCGGUGCUCUCCAACGUGCCAGCCUCCGGUUCUGCCCGGUCCGCCUCCCCGCCCGUCCUCGGCCUUCACCGGGAGCCCAUGUACAACUGGCAGGCGACGAAGAGCUCCCUGAAGGAGCGCUUCGCCUUCCUCUUCAACAACGAGCUGCUCAGCGACGUCCGGUUCCUCGUGGGGAAGGGCAGACAGGCCCAGAGGAUACCGGCCCACAAAUUCGUCCUGGCCGCGGGCAGUGCCGUGUUUGAUGCCAUGUUCAACGGGGGGAUGGCCACGACCUCGACUGAAAUCGAGCUGUCGGAUGUGGAGCCCGCAGCCUUCCUCGCCCUGCUCAGGUUCUUGUAUUCGGACGAGGUCCACAUUGGUCCUGAGACUGUGAUGACGACUCUGUAUACGGCAAAGAAGUACGCGGUCCCUGCUCUGGAGAGCCACUGUGUGGAGUUUCUCACCAGGCACCUCAGAGCCGACAACGCGUUCAUGCUCCUCACGCAGGCAAGGUUAUUUGAUGAGCCUCAACUCGCCAGCCUGUGCUUGGACACCAUAGACAAAAGCACUGCGGAUGCAAUAAACGCAGAGGGUUUUACAGAUAUUGACCUCGAAACUUUAUGUGCAGUGCUACAAAGAGACACACUCAGCAUCAGGGAGAACCGCUUGUUCGGUGCGGUGGUACGCUGGGCAGAUGCCGAGUGUUACAGACAACAGCUUCCCCCAACUUCUGAGAACAAACAGACGGUUCUGGGCAAAGCCCUCCCGCUCAUUCGCUUCCCGCUCAUGACCGUGGAGGAGUUCGCUGCAGGGCCUGCCCAGUCUGGAAUAUUGUUCGAUCGGGAGGUGGUAAAUCUGUUUUUACACUUUACAGUAAACCCCAAACCACGGGUCGACUACAUCGACAGGCCCCGCUGCUGCCUCAGGGGGGAGGAGUGCAGCAUUAAUAGAUUCCAGCAGGUUGAGAGUCGAUGGGGGUACAGUGGUACCAGUGACAGAAUCAGAUUCAAUGUUAAUAAAAGAAUAUCCAUAGUGGGUUUUGGCCUGUAUGGUUCAAUACAUGGACCCACUGACUAUCAGGUCAACAUACAGAUUUUAGAGAGCGACAAGCGCAUUACACUGGGGCAGAACGACACAGGCUUCAACUGUGACGGCACAGCAAACACGUUCAGAGUGAUGUUCAAAGAGCCGGUGGAAAUCCUACCCAAUGUCAGCUACACUGCAUGUGCCACCUUAAAGGGCCCAGACUCCCAUUAUGGCACAAAGGGGUUAAAGAAAGUGACCCAGGAAUCAGCAACGGGGACCAAGACGACGUUCUUGUUUUUUAGCUCGCCAGGAAAUAACAACGGUACAUCAGUGGAGGACGGGCAGAUCCCAGAGAUAAUCUACUACAUCUAGACUUAACACGGCAUCUCGCUGGUACACUGAACCAGGGAGACCUCAGACUGCUGCAAAGACUAGACUGCUGGAGAUAAAUGUAGUGCCUCAUAAUCCCUUGGAAUAUAGAAUGUGUGUGUUAGAGAGAGUGAGUGUGAGUGUGUGUCAAUACAAUAAUGGAUUAUGAAUGUGGAGUUGUUUGGAAAGACAAGCUUUUUGGGCAUAAAUUGUAUCAUCAGUUGUAAAUACUAUAAUACUGGUGUCCCAUGUGUGUUGUUAUUGGUAGGCUGUCACUGCAGGGUUAUUUUAUCCUGCACGAGUGAAACUAGAGACGGCUACCAUGUUUUGGUUGGCGCCAUGUCAUUCUAUUUUCUCAGUUUUUGCUGUUGUAUUUGCUGAAAGUAUAAUAUUUGCAUAUUUUUUAUUGUCCACUGCUUAUCAGUUAUUCAGCAGGUAUCUUGAAGUACUUUGUUUUUGCAUUGUAUUAAGGAUCCAUGUGUGUUAUGUAACCGUGCCAGUGGUACAUGCUGUACUUUAUGACUUCAUGUUUGCCUAGCACUACAUUAAAAUGUAAAAAGAAAGAAGAAAUUACUCAAGACUUUUAUGCUGAAAUAAAUGAACACAAUGACAUUUUUUUGCUUUUUGGCAUUAAAAUGGUGUAAACUUG